AUGCUCACCAAGCUGGGGCUUGGUAAGCGUUGGGAAGAGAGCCGGUGGUACUUUGGCAACGUGCCCGGCAAAGACGAGAAGCUGGGCGUGCGCCGGCUCAAGAAGUAUACGGAGCGCAAGGCCAGAAGGCAUUGA